AUGUCCAGUGUGUCCGAGGAGAGAAGAAAAAGGCAGCAGAACAUUAAGGAAGGACUGCAGUUUAUCCAGUCACCGCUGUCAUAUCCAGGGACACAGGAACAAUAUGCGGUAUAUUUACGUGCUCUUGUGAGAAAUCUUUUUAACGAAGGAAAUGAUGUUUAUCGGGAACACGAUUGGAACAACUCGAUAAGCCAGUACACAGAAGCUCUGAAUAUAGCUGGUUAUGCAAAGUCGGAAGAAAUUGUCAUCCCUAAAGAAAUAAUUGAAAAACUGCAUAUAAAUCGUAUUGCUUGCUAUUCUAAUAUGGGUUUGCACGAUAAAGUUUUAGAAGACUGUGACACAGUGCUCAGUUUAAAUGCCAGUAACUGCAAAGCUCUGUACCGGAAAUCUAAGGCUCUCAGUGACUUAGGAAGAUACAGAGAGGCUUAUGACUCCGUAGCAAAGUGCUCCUUGGCGGUGCCUCAGGAUGAACAUGUGAUCAAACUAACGCAAGAACUAGCUCAGAAAUUGGGAUUUAAAAUAAGAAAAGCGUAUGUUAGGGCUGAGCUUGCGUUAAAAUCCGUUCCUGGGGACGGGGCUACCAAGGCUUUGAGCUGUUCUGUGGAAGAUAUUGAGCCAGAUUUGUUAACUCCGAGGCAGGAAGCAGUUCCUGUCGUCUCUGUGCCUGCGUCCAGUUUCUCCCACCAAGUCGGAAGUGAGCUGGCCUCAGUUCCUAUCAUGCCCUUACCCUCUAUGCUGCCCCUGCAAGUGGACGAGAGCCCCCUGCCAUCGGUGGUGUUGGCAAAUGGAGGAAAGGCCCCCUUCACCAUGCCGGAACCUUUUCUGGAUGACGGAGAUAUGGUCCUCGGCGACGAAAUAGAUGACCUUCUUGAUUCGGCACCUGAGGCCAAUGAAACUGUUAUGCCGUCAGCUUUAGUCCGAGGAGCCCUUCCCGCAGCCAGUGUCCCCCCUAGCAUGCCUUUCUCGGCAUCUCUGUUGGGCACCUUGCCCAUUGGUGCGAGGUAUGCCCCUCCGCCCUCCUUCUCAGAACUGUAUCCACCUUUGACCUCAUCCUUGGAAGAUUUCUGCUCUUCUUUGAGUUCAUUUUCAAUGAGUGAUUCCAAGCGAGAUGUGCCCACCUCAACUUCUAGAGAGGGAACAGCGCUUAGCGGCAGUAAUUCCUCCCUUUUACUUAUGAAUGGACCAGGCAACUUGUUUGCUUCUGAGAGUUUCCUGGGAAUUUCAAGCCACCCUAGAAAUGACUUUGGAAACUUCUUUGGAAGCGCAGUUACUAAACCACCUUCAUCCGUGACCCCAAGACACCCCCUUGAAGGAACCCAUGAACUGAGACAAGCUUGUCAGAUGUGUUUUGUAAAAUCAGGCCCUAAGUUAAUGGAUUUCACUUACCAUGCUAAUAUAGAUCAUAAAUGUAAGAAAGAUAUUUUAAUUGGUAGAAUAAAGAAUGUUGAAGAUAAAUCAUGGAAAAAAAUACGCCCAAGACCAACAAAAACAAAUUAUGAAGGACCUUAUUAUAUAUGUAAAGAUGUUGCUGCUGAGGAGGAAUGUAGAUAUUCAGGCCACUGCACAUUUGCUUAUUGCCAAGAAGAGAUAGAUAUCUGGACACUGGAGCGGAAAGGGGCGUUCAGCAGAGAGGCUUUCUUUGGUGGCAAUGGAAAGAUCAACCUCACUGUAUUCAAACUUCUCCAAGAGCAUCUUGGAGAGUUUAUAUUCCUCUGUGAGAAAUGUUUUGAUCAUAAACCUAGAAUGAUAAGUAAAAGAAAUAAAGAUAAUUCUACUUCUUGUUCUCACCCGGUUACAAAGCAUGAGUUUGAAGACAAUAAGUGCCUUGUCCACAUCUUGCGAGAGACAACGGUAAAAUACUCCAAAAUACGUUCUUUUCAUGGUCAGUGUCAGCUUGACUUAUGUCGCCAUGAGGUCCGGUAUGGCUGCUUAAGGGAAGAUGAGUGCUUUUAUGCGCAUAGUCUUGUAGAACUGAAAGUCUGGAUACUGCAAAAUGAAACCGGUAUCUCACACGAUGCCAUCGCUCAAGAAUCUAAACGAUACUGGCAAAAUCUGGAAGUCAGCGUACCUGGGGCUCAGGUACUUGGCAAUCAGCUAAUGCCUGGAUCUCUUAAUAUGAAGAUAAAAUUUGUGUGUGCUCAGUGUCUGAGAAAUGGUCAAGUCAUUGAACCAGACAAGAACAGAAAAUAUUGUAGUGCAAAAGCAAGGCACUCGUGGACCAGAGAUCGCCGCGCGAUGAGAGUGAUGUCCAUCGAACGUAAGAAGUGGAUGAACAUUCGUCCUCUCCCCACAAAGAAACAAAUGCCUUUACAGUUUGAUCUGUGCAAUCAUAUUGCUUCCGGGAAGAAGUGUCAGUAUGUUGGGAACUGCUCGUUUGCUCAUAGCCUGCUUGAGCGGAAAGUGUGGGACAUGAAGAGAAACGGCAUACAAGAUAUGGAGCAGUUUUAUGAGCUCUGGCUAAAGAGUCAAAAAAAUGAAAAAAGCGAUGAUGUAGCCAGUCAAUCAAACAAGGAGAACGGAAAACAAAUCCACAUGCCGACAGAUUACGCUGAAGUUACUGCCGACUUUCACUGCUGGAUGUGUGGGAAGAACUGCAACAGUGAGAAGCAGUGGCAAGGCCACAUCUCCUCGGAGAAGCACAAGGAGAAGGUGUUCCACACCGAGGACGACCAGUACUGCUGGCAGCACCGCUUUCCGACAGGGUAUUUUAGUGUUUGCGAUAGGUAUAUGAACGGCACCUGCACAGAAGGAAGCGGCUGUAAGUUUGCACACGGCAACGCCGAGCUCCACGAGUGGGAAGAGCGGAGGGACGCCCUAAAGAUGAAGCUCAACAAAGCAAGAAAAGAUCACUUAAUCGCCCCAAAUGAUAAUGACUUUGGAAAAUAUAGUUUUUUGUUUAAAGAUUUAAACUAA